GUUGCUGUUGCGGGCCGGGCGGGGGCCGCGGAGCUGCGAUGCGGACGGGACCGAGUCCGUGACCGGAGCUGCCGGCCGACAUGAACUCGCUGGAGCAGGCAGAAGACCUCAAGGCUUUCGAGAGGAGACUUACUGAAUAUAUUCAUUGUUUGCAACCUGCUACUGGACGUUGGAGAAUGCUUCUUAUAGUGGUAUCUGUCUGUACAGCUACUGGUGCCUGGAACUGGUUAAUAGAUCCUGAGACACAAAAGGUGUCCUUCUUCACGUCAUUGUGGAAUCAUCCGUUUUUCACCAUUAGUUGUAUCACUCUAAUAGGCUUGUUCUUUGCUGGAAUACACAAGAGAGUAGUUGCUCCAUCAAUUAUAGCUGCUCGGUGUCGAACUGUAUUAGCAGAGUACAAUAUGUCUUGUGAUGAUACAGGAAAAUUGAUUUUGAAACCCAGGCCUCACGUUCAGUGACAGUCUGCAGUCACUGUUAUGGGACUUAAAGCAGCCUUUCUCCAGAGACGCGUACAGCAGGACCCAUAGGGUUCCUUCCACAGUCGGACGUGUGACCGUCACAGCAACAGCUGACAGAAGUGUGCAAUAUUUACCCAGAUAGCUUGAUGAUGAUGACUCGCAUUGUCAGUGCUUUGGUCCCUUGGAUUGUCUGUGUAUCAGUAUUAGUGUCACUUUAGUACUUCAGGUCCUGCAGAGAUAGUUGCAGAUGAAGUAUGUGUGUAUGUUACUAAGUUAAACUUAGAAACAGAACUUCAUCCAGUUUUUAUAAUGUAUUUUUGCAAACUACUGUAAAUAGCAAAUCGGUGUCGAUGUCAAAGAGGAAAGCGUUAGUGGACUUGGUUCUCCUGCAGCAGUAUUUCAGGAGCAUCAGCUUGCCGUGUCCGCGGCUCUGAACCAGCCGUGUGUGUGGCUGUGCCUUUCGUCCUGACCCUCCUCGCUCUAAUCGUAACAGGAAAACCGUCGGAUCGGGCUGGGACUAGGAAAACGCAUCUGCAUUAUGUUACAAGAAAUUAUGGAUGUUUUGAGACACAAUUUUUGUUAAACCAGAUAGUGAACUGCAGCCACUACUGUGGUGAUAUUUUCCUGUUCGUUGUUUUCAUUUAAUGCUAAAUUUACUUUGUAUUUUUAAAAUAAUUUUAAGAACACUCCAGAGGCUUCUGAAAAUACCAGUUUAGUUUUAAAUUAUGUAUUGUCUGGGAUUUGAUGGUUAUUGUUUUAGAUAAUUGGGUUUUAUGCUGUGGUCGAUGUGCUGUUACACUAGUAUUGCAAAGUGUUCUUGAUCAUUCACUCCGUCACGAGGAGAACUGGGGGCGGUGCCACAAACUAGAGUCUACAAUUCUCACUGUUUAGAGAGUGUUAUUGACAUACUGUGUAUGCAUAUUAACCACAUGUACUAUAAUAACUCUUAAAAUUAAACUAUUGGGAUUGCUGUAAAUAUUUUAAAGAACUGGAGGUGCCUUUUACCUGUUUAUUAGAAGAUUUUGAGAAGAUGUAAAUUAUUUCCAGAGCAAUCUUUGAAAUUUUAUUUGACAUAAAGCUGAAAAUUCAAUAACAGGACAAAAACUUUUAAGUCGGCUACCAUUUAAUGUAAACGUGUUCAUCCUGGCGUUUAUGUGUAUAAGAUUUUAUUCUUUGAACUGUAGCAAUAAAACCCUCUGCUCCUAAGAAGUCUUAAGAGGGUAUUCUAUAUAUUCUGCAUUGUUUUAUUUUCUGUAAAUUUUGUAGGUAAAUAUGUGCAUAAAAAUAAAUACUUUAU